CUUUCCGGUAAAUUAACAAAGCGUCAAAGACACAGGUCACAAAUUAUAAAUUAAUUUUCUGUGAAACUAAAAACAACCGUCAACUCAUCAACAGAACGUAGUUGCCCGGUAUGACUAGUUGUUAUUAAUUCAACAAUCAAAACCAUUUUAUUGAUAAGAAUUAUUUUUUUAUAAUUAAAACGAAAUGAGUCGAAGAAGAGCUCAUGAUGAUGAGGAUGGUUACGAUCGGGUCUAUCGAAAAAGGAGAAGGGUAUCCGAAAACCAGGAAAUUGAAGAUAGAUUGGAAUCUCUCAUAAUGAGAGUUGGAGAAAAAAGUAAUUCAUCAUUGGAAUCAAAUUUGGAAGGUUUGGCAGGAGUCCUUGAAGCUGAUCUACAAUCUUUCAGAAUUAAGAUUCUUAGAAUACUGACAGAUAGUGCUAUUCGUGCACCUGAAAAAUGUACUAUAUAUACUACGCUUGUUGGGUUAUUGAAUGCCAAGAAUUUCAAUUUUGGUGGAGAAUUUGUUGAAUAUAUGGUUCGAACAUUCAAAGAAUCCUUGAAGCUAUGUAAAUGGGAUGCGGCCAGGUAUGCUUUAAGGUUUCUUGCCGAUUUGGUAAAUUGCCAUGUUAUCUCUGCUACUUCUCUUUUACAAUUAUUGGACAACAUGAUGGAAUGUGCUAAUGAGGAAAAUGUACCUAGGGUUCGUAGAGACUGGUACUGUUUUGCAGUGUUGAGUACCUUACCAUGGGUUGGCAGAGAACUUUAUGAAAAGAAAGAACAAGCUUUGGAACACCUUAUGGUACAAAUUGAGGUAUUCUUGAAUAAACGAAAUAAGAAGCAUCACAAUGCGCUAAGAGUUUGGGCUGUAGACGUGCCUCACCCCCAAGAAGAAUAUCUUGAUUGUCUCUGGUCUCAAAUAAAAAAAUUACGGCAGGAUAAUUGGCAGGAAAAACAUAUUCCAAGACCUUAUCUCGCAUUUGAUUCCACUUUGUGUGAAGCUCUCCAGCACAAUCUACCUUCCAUCAUACCUCCACCACAUCAAGAUACUUUCGAAUAUCCUAUGCCUUGGGUAGUCUUCAGAUUAUUCGAUUACACUGAUUGCCCAGAAGGGCCCAUCCUCCCAGGAGCACAUUCGAUUGAAAGAUUUCUUAUAGAAGAGCACUUGCAUUCAAUUAUUGAAAUGUAUCAUUUAGAAAGAAAGGAUUGCGCUGCUCACAUUCUGGACUUUCCUUAUAAACUUAAGAUUCCUCUUGAAUACUGUAUCGUAGAAGUUAUAUUUGCAGAACUUUUCAAUAUGCCAACACCUAGAUACUUGGAGAUUUGUUAUGGUUCGAUUCUCAUUGAGCUGUGCAAGUUACAACCAGCGACAAUGCCUCAAGUAUUGGCUCAAGCCACUGAAAUGCUAUUUAUGAGGAUAGAUACUAUGAAUGUUUCAUGUUUUGACAGAUUUGUCAAUUGGUUUUCCUAUCAUUUGAGUAACUUUCAGUAUAGGUGGACGUGGGAAGAUUGGGAUUCCUGUCUGAGUUUAGACUCCGAACAUCCAAAACCAAAAUUUAUCAGGGAGGUGAUGCUUAAAUGUAUGAGGUUGUCCUAUUGGCAACGUAUCCGAGAAAUAUUACCAGAUUCUUUCAGCUGUUUCAUUCCAGAGAAGACUGAACCAUAUUAUAAAUAUUCCCAGGAAGGAGCUGCUACCUUACCUGGAACAGCUACUGCCCAUCAAUUGGUAGUCUCGAUCAGACAGAAGUGCACACCCGAAGAUGUGCUGGGUGUACUGAAGGAUCUUCCAAAUCCUCGAUCCGAGGAAGAGGCCGACAGCAGAUUCAACCCGUUAAAGAUCGACGUUUUCGUUCAAACCCUGCUCAAUCUGGGUUCCAAGAGUUUUUCUCACAGUUUUGCUGCGAUAUCCAAGUUCCAUUACGUAUUCAAGAUCUUGGCAGAAUCUGAAGAAGCGCAGAUAUGCAUUUUACGUAAUAUGAUUGAAUUAUGGCGCAAUCACCAACAAAUGAUGACCGUCCUGGUGGAUAAAAUGCUGAAAACGCAAAUCAUCGAAUGUUCAGCAGUAGCCAAUUGGAUAUUUUCGAAGGAUAUGAUACCCGAAUUCACUAAAUCGUAUAUUUGGGAAAUUCUGCAUAUUACCAUUAAGAAAAUGAACAGACAUGUAUCUAAACUCACAGCAGAAUUGAGUGAGGCUAGGGAAAAACUGGCAAGAGAAGAACACAGCGAUAGUGAGAGUGAAGAAGAUGAAGAAGGUAAGAAAAAAUCGGAGGAUACAGAAAAACCAACUGAAGAGAUGGUAGAGCGGAUGGAAGAAAAACUAGAAGCUGCUCAGGCAGAUCAGAAAAAUCUAUUCUUGAUCAUUUUUCAAAGAUUUAUCAUGAUCCUUUCUGAACAUUUGGUAAAAUGUGAUACUGAUGGAAAAGACUACAAUACCCAUUGGUAUAAGUGGACUAUUGGAAGAUUGCAGCAAGUGUUCUUAGCGCAUCAUGAACAAGUACAGAAAUACAGUUCGACUCUGGAAACUCUUUUGUUCACUCAGGAUUUGGAGCCGCAUAUAUUAGAAGUUUUCCAUCAGUUUGUUUCUUUAAGAGGUUGAUGACUUUCAAAUGAUUUUUAUUUUAUAAUGUUAAGUACUCCAAAAAAUGUAAUAGAAUAUAUAAUUUUAUUUA